AUGUCCCGAAAGCUCAAUUUUCUCCGAGAGGGCUCUGUGACGUCCGUCAAUUCGGCCUCCCAAUUCCUUGCCGACAUUCGGGGAAAAACUAUUCAACCCGACCAAAUCAUGGUAUCCUUCGAUGUUGUCUCACUUUUCACGUCCAUCCCACCAGACUUGGCGCGCGACGUGCUACGCAAACGCCUCGAAGAAAAGUACAACGAAACGACAGGGCCGCUAAAGAUCCAGCACCUACUGCAGCUCUUUGCAUUCUGCCAACGAACCUUUUUCACCUUCGAUGGCAGAACAUACGAACAAAUCAAAGGAACACCCAUGGGUUCCCCAAUAUCCAGCCUAGUUGCGGAAUUGGUCCUAAAAGAGCUUGAUAAGGUUGCUUUCAGCCGUUACAAACCUGCGUUUUGGCGCCGAUACGUGGACGAUACAUUCGUCAUUAUUGAAAAGGACAAGCUAUCGGGUUUCCAAGACCUACUUAACAGCACAUUCCCCGACAUUCAGUUUACAAGAGAAAACGAGGAGGACGAAAAACUACCCUUCCUGGACGUGCUCGUCACGCGCACACCUGACGGUAACCUCAGCACUACAGUGUACAGAAAGGCGACCAAUACAACCCAGGUCCUCAACUAUCAUAGCAACCACCAAUUGGUGCACAAACGGGGCUGUGUGAGGGCGCUUUUCGACCGGGUAAAAACGCACUGUAGUGAGCCCGAAGGAAGGAUGCAAGAACUACGGCAUCUCCGGGACCAAUUAACAAAGAACGGCUACCCAAAUAGCUUUAUCAGUCGCUGCAUACGCGCACAACCACGCCGGACAAACGGAAGAGAGACACCAACAAUUUGGCACUCCCUACCGUACAUAAAGAAUGUGUCCGAGGCUACAGAACGCAUCGCGUCAGAGCUAGGCGUGGGCAUCGCUCAUCAUCCGGCGGCCACCAUGCGUAGCAGGAUCAUGAAAAUGAAGGAUCGGCUGGACGCAGGUGAACAGUCGGGCGUAGUCUAUCGAAUCCCGUGCCAAAACUGUCCUUGCCACUACACAGGCCAGACAGGACGACGUCUGAGCUCACGAAUACUUGAGCACAAACGGGCCGUUCGGAGAGGCGACCCACUGUCUCAAGUAGCCACUCACACGCUCGAGGAAGGGCAUGAGUUCGACUUCGCCAACACGCGGAUAUUGGCGCGAGCCGGCAACAAGACAGGGCGAGAGCUGUUGGAGGCGGGGGUGUCGGACACCAACUCCAUCAACAGACACAUCGAUUUGCCUGCGUGUUAUCACGCGCUCCGCCCACGCAGCCAGGUGGCGCAGCUCACACCGUCGCGAAGUGCAAAUGGCGUCACCACGCCGGGGGAACAUCGUGGACCAGGCGGCACAAACCCUACCUAG